UAUUUUUAGUGGACAUUAGUCCUCAUCUCCUAUGAAAUUGUAUUUCUCCAAGCUAUCAAAAGAAUAAUUCUCAUAAUUAUAGUAAAAUUAUAAAAUCUAGAGAAAGGUGAUGACCGAUCCAACCAGGCGCGAUCCUACAGAAUUUUUGCGUGUGCUGCGCCGCAUGGCCAACACCACGUCAUGGCAAAAGGCCAUGAUCUUUGCCUUCAAAGGUCGUAUGGUUGGGUAUCGUUUAACACUCGAGCAUUACAACACUAUAUUAUUUUCUCAGGCAAUGUGGGGGCGUGCGCUCGAGAUCGUUCGUGUGGUGCGUGCAAUGCAAGAAGACCGUGUACAGCCAAACGGGGCAACCUAUUACUACAUUGUGAAUGGAAUGGCCAACGCGGACCACGGCUAUAACUUCGACUUUAAACUCAAUCACCGUCUCGAAAAGCUCCAACACUGGCGUGUGGCGUUAGAUGCACUCAAUGCAUGCGAGGAAAACGGUUUUGAUUCUACGGAUACAAUGCACAAUUCUGUUAUCAUAACUAUGACAAUACCGGGAUUUAAUCAUUGGGAAAAGGCUUUGAAGGUACUGGACAAAUUGAUAAGAGAAAACCGCCAAAUGCACCCCACCAUGGUGCGAUUUCUCCACGACUGUUUGAUUCGAAAUAAGAGACCGCGUGAGGCAAGUGAGCUCUUGCGCAUGGCAGCAGAGAGUGGGGUGAAAGGAUAUGAAAACGCAUGGGAACCAGACGUCUUCCGAGGUCAACCCCAAUCUAAGGAAAUUGAAGAGAUGCGCAAGGAUCCUUCCAAGAAGGCAGCCGCGGCGUUGCUCGCGCUACACCUCCGCAAAGAUCAAGAGCUCCCUCCAGAAAUGCUGCAAAAAUUUCUCGAGGAGGAUAGUCGGAAUAACAUAAAUGCAGAGGAAUCCGUUCCGAUGCCCUUCACUGCUGGGCUACACUCAACAGAAAUCAACUCAGCGUUUAGGCCACGAGUAUACCGACAGUUAUGGUAUCAAUGGCAUCAAAUUGCGAACAAAUAUCGCCCUAGGUCUUCGCUGAAGCGUCGGCAGCUUGCGCCAAAGGAUUCACCCACAGGAAUACCAGGGUGGAACCGAAUUUAAAGGUGAUAGAAAAAAAAGGGAAGGAAAUGCUUAGCAAGCAGGAAAAAAUUGCUAUAUCGACACCUUUUUACUUACUGUUUUCAUCUGAUGUAUUUUCCUUCCAUCUAUUCUUUGACAAUUGCCUUGUGUAGAUCUUGUAAAAUUCAACACUAACUGAAAGCAUAACAAUUUGAGAUUUAAUUCCCUAUUUUUGCCUUUUGAUUUCCACAAAAUAUUGCUCCUCAAAAAUGGUCUUUUUCUUCUUUUUACUAUUUUGUGUUUAUUUGAAAGGAAGAAAGAGGGGGAGUCCAUGCGAAUCUGUCGCUACAAGUACCAAUUUAACCGGGA